GCCCAAAAGUCCCAUGUCUUUCUCGAUUGGUAAACCCAACCAGCGAUUUACAACAAACAAGUCUUUCCUCUUGUUUGGGGGGAGCAGAGCAGUUCAAAAAUGAAGCAAAGCAAAUGAAGUUAGAAAAACUAAGGUCUGUCUUAUCUGAUUUCAGGGCACAAUUUAUAAUAUCCCUCCUUUUGACUAUGCUUAUUUUGUUUGCAGUCUAUUUUAUAACACAAUGUAACAAGUUCUUAUUGGAAUUGAUAGACCGCCCAGAUAUUGAGUCUGUCAAGAUAGGUAUGUGGGGCAUUGAAGUUAUUAAAAAAAAAUAGCCCCCAACCGAAUCUUGAGAAUGAGAAUGUCGGAAUUGUGGUCUUUGGUAGUGAUACCGCUAUAAAAGAAGGAGAUCUUGUGCACUGGAUAUAACAUUUGAAUUUCUCAACCAUUCCACGUUUCCGAAACGGAUCCUAUCAAAUAUUUUACUUUUUCUAUGAUCAUCUCUAUUUUAGGUAUUCGGGGAAUUCUCCUUAAUAGACGAAAUAUUCCUAUUAUGUCAAUGCCAAUUGAAUCAAUGUUAUUAGCUGUGAAUUCGAACUUUUUGGUAUUUUCCGUUUCUUCGGAUGAUAUGAUGGGUCAAUCAUUUGCUUCAUUGGUUUCAACGGUGGCUGCUGCGGAAUCAGCUAUUGGGUUAGCCAUUUUCGUUAUAACUUUCCGAGUCCGAGGGACUAUUGCUGUAGAAUUUAUUAAUAGCAUUCAAGGUUAAACAUGACUCCUAGAGAAUUACAAAAAUACGAAGUUCUCUUUUCUCCUUUCGUUCUCUUCUUUUUGAUUUUGACUUGGUUGGCAGGGUCAGGGCCUUUCUCGCUGGGCGAGCGCAUCCGAUUGAUUCUAAAGUCCUUUCCUAAACCACUUCCCGUUCAGUUGCUGAAAGAUAGAGAGAACCUUUCUAAAUGAGAUUGAGUUCCACGAAUAUGCAAGCUAGAAAGAUGCUAUUUGCUGCUAUUCCAUCUAUUUGUGCAUUUAGUUCAAAGAAGAUCUCAAUCUAUAAUGAAGAAAUGAUAGUAGCUCGUUGUUUUAUAGGCUUCAUCAUAUUCAGUCGGAAGAGUUUAGGUAAGACUUUCAAAGUGACUCUCGACGGGAGAAUCCAGGCUAUUCAGGAAGAAUCGCAGCAAUUCCCCCAUCCUAACGAAGUAGUUCCUCCGGAAUCUAAUGAACAACAACGAUUACUUAGGAUCAGUUUGCGAAUUUGUGGGACCGUAGUAGAAUCAUUACCAAUGGCACGCUGUGCGCCUAAGUGCGAAAAGACAGUGCAAGCUUUGUUAUGCCGAAACCUAAAUGUUAAGUCAGCAACACUUCCAAAUGCCACUUCCUCCCGUCGCAUCCGUCUUCAGGACGAUCUAGGCACAAAGUUUAACUUAUUAGUUAGGAGGAAAUUUUGCCCCCAGUGUAUCUCGAAAGCAGAAAAAAUAGAACUCAUUCGAGAGAGCUUGGUGGUCUUAAGAAUAAAUAAGACGAAUAGAAUCUAAUUCAUGUUCAUGCUAACAGAAGAGCGGAUCCAAUACAAUGUAAAUAAUAUAUGCAACUUCUUUCUCAAAAAGUGCUUGCUGCACUUCUUUCUCAUGAAGCUGCUUUGCAAGAAAGGUUUGAGUUCCCUCCGGGGGUUCUGAUAGCCAAUGCUUCCUACGCUCCAGCCCUUAGCCCUUAACUCCUUAGCACAAGCACUAAGUAAGCCCUCCAAGGCCUUCAAUAUCGCACCUACUAGGACUUCAUUUUCGUUUUCGAAUAGGACUACUUCUUUCUUUUCUGUAUGCUAGGGCCGCCCGCACGCUUUAAGGGUUGUUGAAGGUAUUGCACUAAGAAAGACUCCUGCCGUUGCUAUGCUAAAGGUAAGAUUUUCUUUGAAAGCCGCUCAAGCAAUUUCUUUAAGAAGAGCAAGCAAGACAAGAUAAGGCUCGAAAGCUGCGAAGAAAGUAGAGCAGCUCUAAUCGAGCUGUGAAAUCGGUGUGGUGAGGUAUUGGAAGUGUUCAGCGAAUAUAGAUAAAGACACUAAAAAAGAGCACCGUGCUAUACUGCUCCAUAAGGUAAGGAGGGCUUCCGCAAAACUAGGUAGCUUUCGCUAAUGAGAGAUGGAUUGGGGGAUUAGGUCUCCUAAUUCAUGGAAUUUUUUUUCUCUGGAUAAGUUUCUUUUUAAAGCAGCAUUCUCCCUCGACUCGAUCUUGAAUUGAAUUAUCGAUCGAUAGAACGUUGAUCAAUAUUCAGGAAGAGAUCGAGGAUCACAGCAGGAUCCUAUCUGAUCUUUGUCAACACAGGACUCGAAGCCCCCUGCUCAAACAAAAGGCUAAUCCUUCGGAAUUGAAAAUGCCUUUCGUAUUAUAUUAAUUAUAGUGGAGGGGAGAAGACUCAUUUUGAAUUCUAUCUAUAUAGGGGGGAGCCAUUGUGAAGCCUAGAGAGGGGUGUCCAGAUUGAGUAGACACCCGCAUCAGGUUCCGACCCUUCUCUCGAACCAGCCAAGCAGAUAGUCAAGGAAGCUCCUCAGGGCAGUUUGGGGAAUUUCUUUCAGUCUGGUCGUCAGGCAGACCUUUUUCGUACCCAUCUUUUCACUGCAACAUUCUUUUUCUUUCUGUGUCCCAGCCAUCCUUUCGGCUUGUCGUAUUCGAUGCCACCCCCCUUUUGGUGGUAUCGUAUAUAAGAGAGAGCUUUCUUUUAGGUAUGAAUGAUGAUCUUAACUAGAAAUCUCAUAAGAGAAGAAAGAGAGGUAUGUAUUAUUUUCAAAUCACUUUUUUCCCAAACGGUUUAUGCCGCUAAACAGCUCUUAGUCCGCACUUCUCUCGUACAUUCUAAGACCAUGCCAGCCUAAAGAGUCACUCACUCUUCCGCGGUAAAGCAACUCCUGCUGCCCUCAUUGCUGCGUCGAAAGGACUAGGGAGGGGUAUAUAGGGCUAAGCCCAGCAAAAUGCACAUAAUAGGAUAGGAUUCUUUUUCUGUAUAGUAGGAAAGGCCUAUCAAUGACUUAAAAACGACGCCCUUCGUCGAACAAGCGAUUCUUGAACAAUUUAUUCUGUCUAUCAAUUCUCCUCGUCCAGUCACUAUGCCAGUGCCUUUACUAG